UUGGCCUUGCAAAGCGAGGUGAUACUUGAAUUCCCGUUUUAGCUGGGUAUACCGUGUUGUUCGUACUUUCCUCAGCCCGACAAGCUCUUUCCAACGCACAGACCACCACCGUCAAUGUCACACAGCGUCAACGACGACGUUGCCACCGCUAACGAUGAUCCCCCACCGUUCACUGGUCAAGAAAGCGAUCCCGAGGGAGGUGCUGAUGACUUAGAGGUGUUUUCUGAAGAUAAGGAGAACGCAGUGAAGUCGAUCCAACAAGGGGAUGCUGCAGGCGAGAUUGAAAUAACGCGGUCUUCUGUUUCUUCUAAUGUCUCUUCUUGUCAAGAUGCCGAGCCUGACGUUGGCGAGACGCAUGAUGCAGCUCAUGGUCUUCCACCAGCCCGUCGCCCUUCAGAUUCUGAUAGUGGCGAAUCGGAAAAGGGUUUGAAGCGAAAACUUGCUGACCGUGGCACGAGUCAGGGGCCGGAGAACCUGGUGCCUUUGCCCUCCGCCGAGCCUGCCAAACGUCCUAGAGAUGACGCCAACAAAGAUGACAACCCUCGCGAAUCAAAGAGACCGUCGCCUCCUCCCGAACAGAAACCUGCGGUAGCAGAGACAUCCGUACCCAAAUUCGGAGGGUUUAUGGCCUAUGCUGCCGCUGCAUCUCCGUUUGCUGCUGUCAAAGGUCAGAAUAUAUUUUCAGGAGCUAGUUCCAGCACGUCCAAAAAGCUGCCUGUUUCGCCAUCGCCAUCGCCGUCACCUUCCCCUCUGCCGACGAACAAUGCCCCUACGCCCUCCCCCUUUGCGGGCUUCGCCUCCUCACAGUGGUCCGUACAGCAGACGCCGGCGAGCACAGCAACCAAGCGUACGGGCUUCGAAGCCUUUAUAGGUUCCGCUUCUCCUUUCGCAACAGCAGGUGUUUCUCCUUUCCCCUCACGACCUAAGUCACCAUUACGUGCAAGCGGAAAAAGCGUACUCGGAAGGAGCAGGUCGCCCCCGAGACGUACUCCUCUCAGCAUGACCAGUGCAUUCUCGUCAUAUGCCAGUGGUGGCGUGCAAGCUUUGUUUGCUGCACCCCAUCCCAAGCGUGCGAGGGCAGAGUCGCCCAACGGAGGGUCGUCACGCAGUUCUCUUGAACGGACAAGCAGCACUAGACUGAAUGUAUUGGAUUCAGUAUGGAAUGGAAGCGCAGAUGAGAGCGGAAGCGGAGAGGAAGACGAUGAGGAGGAAAAUGAGAGACCGCCUUCAACAUUUGGUGAGAGACUGCGUGCAGGUAGGGAUGACGAAGAGGACGAACCUAAUGAGGAGAAAGAGAGAGAGAGGCUUCAAGAACAGGACGUUGUAACUGGCGAAGAGGAUGAAGAGACAAUACACCAUGUGCGCGCCAAGCUCUAUGCCCUAUGCCCCCAGAACCAGUGGAAGGAGCGGGGCACUGGCCUCCUCAAGCUUAAUGUCCGACGUUCGGACGGUGGAGGUGCUCGUCUUUUGAUGCGCAAAGAAGCAGUCUACACGGUUAUACUGAAUGUUACGCUGUUCUCCGGAAUGAAAUGCUUUAUUGCACAGGAUCCACGAUACAUCCGAUUGAGCGUUAUCGAAGAUGGGGUCACGACACAUUACAACCUCAGAGUUUCAAACGCGAAGAUUGCACAAGAUUUGCUAGAGGAGAUCAAGUCGAAUAUUCCAGCUUGACAUCCAGAGUACCCUUAUGUUACUUUACUGUUCAUCAUGAUCAUGCCUUGCUACAUUUAACAUUAAUGUUGUCUUUAUGUAC